AGCUAGCUUGCAGCUCCACACAAGCUCCUUUUCCCCACAGAGAGGAUCACAUUCAGCCCUUUGUUGGGGGGAGGGGGAGGACUGACUGGCACCUUGUGGAUAACAUUACUGGCCAGUCAAUAGCUGCAACAUCAGGAUGAGAACUAAAAACAAAAAAUCUCCUCUGAAAGCUUUUAUGAAACAACGAAGAAUGGGGCUGAAUGAAUUUAUCCAGAAAAUUGCAACCAACUCUUCAUAUUCAUGCAAACCCUCUGAAGUGCAGUCAAUCCUGAAUAUCUCACCCCCCCAAGAAUCAGAAUUACUGAAUGAAAAUUCCUCACCUCCUCCUAGCCAUUCUCAACAGAUCAACCUUGGUCCUUCAUCCAACCCUCAUGCAAAACCAUCUGACUUCCAGUUUCUGAAAAUCAUUGGCAAGGGUAGUUUUGGAAAGGUUCUUCUGGCAAGACACAAAGCAGAUGAGAAAUUCUAUGCAGUGAAGGUGCUUCAGAAAAAAGCAAUUCUUAAAAAGAAAGAGGAGAAACACAUAAUGUCAGAGCGCAAUGUACUGUUAAAAAAUGUGAAACACCCUUUCUUGGUUGGGCUCCACUUCUCUAUCCAAACAACUAGCAGACUGUAUUUUAUUCUGGACUACAUCAAUGGUGGAGAGUUGUUCUACCACCUCCAGAGAGAACGAUGUUUCUUGGAACCCAGAGCUCGUUUUUAUGCUGCUGAAAUAGCCAGUGCACUAGGAUACUUGCACUCUCUCAACAUUGUUUAUCGUGACUUGAAGCCAGAAAACAUUUUGUUGGAUUCCCAGGGCCACAUUGUUCUGACUGAUUUUGGCCUUUGUAAGGAGAACAUAGAGCCAAAUGGUAUUACAUCUACCUUCUGUGGUACUCCUGAGUAUCUUGCACCAGAAGUUCUGCACAAACAGCCUUAUGACAGGACAGUUGACUGGUGGUGUCUGGGAGCAGUGUUGUACGAGAUGUUGUAUGGCCUGCCUCCUUUCUACAGUAGAAACACUGCUGAAAUGUAUGACAAUAUCUUGAACAAGCCACUGCAGCUAAAACCAAACAUAACCAACUCAGCCAGGAACCUCCUGGAGGGUCUUCUGCAGAAGGACCGGACAAAAAGGACUGGUGCAAAGACCGACUUUAUGGAGAUUAAGAACCACAUAUUUUUCUCUCCAAUUGACUGGGAUGAUCUGAUUAAUAAGAAGAUUACACCUCCCUUCAACCCAAAUGUGAGUGGCCCAAGUGACCUGCAACACUUUGAUCCUGAAUUUACAGAUGAGCCUGUCCCCAAUUCUAUUGGCCAGUCUCCGGACAGCAUCCUUAUAACUGCCAGCAUUAAAGAAGCUGCAGAAGCAUUCAUGGGCUUUUCUUAUGCUCCACCUAUGGACUCAUACCUUUGAGUGAUCCUACCUUCUCAUCUUGUAAUUAUUUACAAUCAAGUCACUUGAAUUUAUAUUUCCUUUUGAUGAAAUUUGCACAUCCUACCCGACCGCAUCACAGCCUUAAUUUCAACAUCCGUGGUAUUGAUGGAAGCAGCAAAUCAGUGGAGCUAAGAAAAGGAUAGAAAGUGACUUUGGAUUUCAUCUUCUGUUGGGAGAAAUAAGAAAUAUCUGCAGAAAUGGCAAUAUACAACCCUUAUAUUAUCAUACAGAGAGAUACAUGAGGGCUUGUUGAGUGUGGGACUUUUGCAACGUGCCUUUCUCUUUUGAGAGAUCUUGUCUAGCUUAAGAAUCAUCCAUAUGACCUGGAGGCUCUUUGGUUUUGACAGUGGUUUUACAAGUGAACAAUGGUAUGAGUGUGACGCUUAUCACAGUAACUGCGGUUUUGCACACGUUAAUGUGACAUGCAUUGAUCACUAACUUUGGGGCAUUGUAUAUUUCUUCCAUAUGUGGAAGCUAAAUUUAAUGUAGAUACAUUUUUUUUUUCCUAUAGAUUGUACUAACUAAAUGUAUUGUAAUGCACUUACAAUGACCUUUGUUAGAAUGCUUUAAGAAAAGCAUUGCUGCUAUUGAGAUUUCUAUUUUAAGAAAAAAAAAAUUUCUGGACCAAAAUGCCCCACAUUUAGUUGUUCAAGUCUGCAAUGCCUCGUUUAACAAACUUUAUUUAUGUUAUGUUUUUGACAUUCCAGACCAUUAUUGUGCAUAUUGUAUAUAAUGAAGAGUUGUAUAUUUAAACUGACAGAUAUGUCAAUGUACUGUAAUUAAUAAGAUAUGUAUUUUUUUUGUGACCAAACCUGUGGGUUUGCAUUAAAACUUAAAAAAAUACAUUGUCAUUUAUUUGUUUGUUUAUAAACAAGUGGAUUUGUAGGUUGAUAUGAUAGUGCAGAGCAUUCCGUAAAUAGGUAAAGCAUUCUCUUUGUUUAUUAAUAGGUUUAUCCUGUGCUUGGCUACAUUUUCCAUUGACAGAUCAACAUGUUGGUUUUAAAACUGGAUAAAAAGCAAAGCAACAUUUUAGGGUUAUGCAGCAAUGAAAAAUGCUUUUUACCUAUUAAGUGUGGCUUCCCAGUCAAAGACAGAACAGCACUGGCUGAGAUAAAAAUUACUGCUGCAGUUACAUCCAAUAAUAUCAUUGGGAAGUGAUUAGCAGCAAAUAAUGAGAGAAACUGAUAGAAUUCCACAUGCUAUACCAUAUUAAGUGGGUCUCUCUCAUAUGCUAAAUACAGUAUUUGGCUGUCUGCAUGCAGAUAUUUCAGUUCAGACAAAAAAGCCCCACUUUAAGCAGAUGUACAAUCUGGCCGAAGGCAUUCAAAAUCAAGUCUAGGCUUUGAGGGAUAGCUGGGUGAGUUUUAUUAAUCAACAUGGGAAAUUUUGCAGAAAAUGAUUUUGAAAAGACCACAUGAGCAAGUGUUUUGGUGGAGACACAAUUAAAGUGGACCUGUCACCCAAACAAAAUUAUUCCAAAUCCUAUUUUAUCACGUUAGUCAAGCAAAAUUAACUUUAAUUACACUGUAUAAAUUAUUUCAAUAUUGUUUCCAUCAGUCUGGGAACUCAUAAUUAUAGCAACCAGGAAGGAGGCAUUUUGUGGACACUGUUAAUAAGGCAAGCCUUGUAUCAUCUCAGAAUCUUGUUUGUGCACCAGGGGACAGGGACUCAAUGUCCAUCCCCAUGCCCUGGUUACACAAUUAAAUCGUUAAGAGAGCUGGGCGAAUGUAGGGAGAGCAGUGACAUCUAGGAAGUGCUGAAUGUAAAGUGAAAGUAAUUGCUUGCCCUGCCUCUAUGCCUAGGCAUAGAGGCGGGGUAGGCAAUAUUUGAUUGACAGCUAAAAUUUUUAAAAGCGUUUACAACAGCGAUGAAUGGUUUAAAAAAAAGAAAGAAAUUGGAUUACAUAUUUAAUUUAAAAAGGACUUUUAUUAUACAGAUUUUUAUGUCUGGGUGACGGGUCCACUUUAAUGGACUUCUGCUACUAAGAAACUUCUGUUUUUAAAUUGGCUGUCCGAGUCCAUUCCUUCACUGGCAGACAUUCUGUCUCUCCUAAACCAACUCUGCUGGCAAGAAGCAAUAAGGAUUAAAU